ACGACGUACAAUUGUCUAGCGUCCGUCCCUACCGGAAUCCUCCGUAUUGUUCGUCCCGGCUAAUCAGUGAGCCGGAAAAUUACCCGCUUACGCGAGACAGUGACAAGUGCACUCGUUCUUUGGAGUCAUUUGAAUCAGGGCUUCUCACUAACUCUUAUAAUGCUCUUCCACCAGCAGUGUUUGGCCUGGACUCGCCGCUCGGCCUCUUUCCGCCCGGCAUCGAUCCCGGCAAGCUCUACAAUCCGCUCAUGGAGAUGAGCGAUCCGCGGGACAUGCCCGGCGGGCCACCGCCGUUCCUCAAGAAGAAAAUGCCACGACCCAAGGGACAGCACUCGGCACCGCGGGGCGGACCACCUCGCUCGUGGACCAACACAGAGCUGACGGAGGCCCUGCAGCACGUGUGGAACAAGAAGAUGACCACCUCGCAGGCCUCCCGCAUCUUCGGAAUUCCGUACAACUCCCUGCUGAUGUAUGUCCGCGGGAAGUACGGCAAGAGCCUGAAGCUGGAGCAGCUCCGCAAGGACUGCAUCAGCGGGCCACCCAUCGAGAUGCUCCAGAUGGGUAUCAAUGGGGGCAGCGGGGGCGGCGGCGGCUCCGGCAAGAGCGAGAAGAACAAGGACCGCAAGGACAAGGACAAGGAGAAGGGCUCCUCGAGCAACAACACCUCGGGCAGCUCGGGCAAUGGCAGUGGCAACGGCAACGGCAACGGACCCCACAGCGGCUCCGGCAGUGUCAACAGUCCCCUCAUGCCGCAUCCCAGCGACCUGGGCUCCUUGGGGCCACUCGACCUGGAGCUGGGACUGCCACUGGGUCCGCCGGGCGGGCCCCGGAGCGGCAGCUCGGAGCCUGAUCUGCUGGGCGGACCCAACGCCCUGUUCAAUCCCUUCAAUCCGCAAGGAUUCUACCCCGACUUCUCCGGCGGCUUCCCGGGACUGCCGUUGAGCAUGCUGAAUAUCCUGCCGCCGGAAGAGCGGCACCAUGCGGCGGCCGGCAUGCACCAUCUGGGCGUGACAAUGGACGAGGACUGCAAGUCAGUGGGCUCCAAGCAGUCCUCCUCCAUGGACGACGACUUUGCCGGCCAGGGGAUGUCCCUCUCGCUGGAGCAGCGGCGCGAGAUGGCCGCCACGGGGCCGCCCCUGACGCAGCUGAAUGGCGGGGGGGCAGGGCAGGAUUGAAACAUGUGGCGGGAUUGGGCAACCGGGGCUGCCAAUCCAAUAUACUUCCCGCCCUUCGAGCUCGACCAGGAGCUGAGUCCGGGACUGGGGCACCACAUGGCCUGUCGCGAGCUCAGCUUCAAGCCCGGCCCGCUCUUCAUGGCCCGGCGCAAGCUGAAGCGCUAUCGGGCCAAGCGGCCGCUGCAGCUCCAGAUGCAGGGCCCCCACCCGCACCCGCAUCCGCCGCCGCCUGCAACGUGCCCCGCCGCCCACGCUCUGCCGCCGCUGCGGACUUGAAAACUGUGAACAGAAUCGAAAUGCAAUAUGUCUAUUCUUAACCGAUUAUUUAGUUUUGUUCGUAGCCCUAAGGACAAUAUUUGAUUAUGAUUUUGUUUCGUUUGAGCAAAGGAUACGAUUUGCUGGUGCUUUUAGUUCCUAUUCCCGACUCCCGGACUCCCCCCCCCCCUCACCACGAUUGUACGAUAGUGUAUUUAUUGAUAUUAUUAUUUCGAGACUUGCGAUUAAUUUCCAUUUAAGUAAUCGAAUACGUCAAAGCUUACAAAGCAUUUGAGGCAAUAUCUGCUAUUAUUAUUAUUAUUAUUAUUAUUAUUAUUAACAUUAUUGUGUAUUAUUUAAGUUUUAUAUCGAACGGUAUAUAAUCAAAAGUGCAAGCCAGGUUUAAGAAAGUGUUGUAAAUACGCAGAAGUAACCAAACAAGCCGACAGCAAUAGACGGACUCCAGGGGUUGGGCUGUGGCUCACACAGACGCCACGGCCACCACCCGCCGCCGCCACAGCCCCCCCUAUCCCCCUCUCACCCUCCUCAGACGUAGAUUGUAAUGCAACGUUUGCAAUUAGUAGUAUUGAUAAUAUCGAUCUAUCGACUGCCGAUGACCGAUUACCGAUGACUGUACCAAAAUUUUUAAUGUUAUUUUAUAAAAAACGAGG